GUACGUGUAUGUGUGUGCUUUCAAAGCUAUCGUACGUUGUGUAUUUUGUGUUUUUGCAAAGAACAGCGUUAAAGCUAUUUACGAUUCGUACGGGCUACUUGUCCGCUGACAGACUAGCUGCUGCUAGCUGACUGACUGGUUAUUUGGUGCUGGCGAGCAAACACUUGUGGUAGUAGUACUUUGGCCGUACGCGAGUAAAGCCAUAAAUGUAAACAAAGUGCGCUAAUUAGAAAAAAAAGCGAAGUGAAAAAUCGAGUUCAUAAAGCUGCAUCGAAGCGCUUCAAAAUAAAAAAUCAAAGCAAAUUUGAAUAAAUAAUAACUUUUUUUCCAAAAUAUUAUAAUACUCGGUGUUGUCACACAUCUUGCGAACAGAUUGACAUUUGUAUGACAGCUGCAUUUGCAAAAUACCAACAACGCAGCCACUGAACAUUCAAUCAGUUUUAAAGCGACUAAAGGCAAAAUGUGGUACGAUAAGAUUAGAACAGUUAACAAAUUUUGAAAAUUUGUGUGCUUCGAAAUAGUAAAAAUACCAAGAAAUAUAAAGUUAUUUGAGAAACAGAAAAGCAAUAUAAAAAAAUUAUUAAUAAUAAUAAUAAAAUUGUUGAGCAAAACACUCAUCGGUGAAACUUGAAGAAAAACUAAUUUCAAAAAGUGCAGAAAAAAUAUAAAUAUUCAGUGCAAUUAACGCAAAAGAGUGCAACCAAACUUGAGCCAGUUCACUUGUGGUGUUAAAAAAUUAUAUAUUAUGUGCAAAAAUUGAAAAUAAAAGACUUUAAAAAAACUGCUGCGGCAAUUCAAAAAGUUAAUGCACGCUUAGCUGUGACUAAGAUAAUCAAAAGUGUAAAGAACUUACGAAAAAAUUAAUUGUAAGUGGAAAAAAUGAGUUCAAAUUACACACUCAAAAAAAUGCAAAGCGCAACCAAAAUAAAUCAAUUAACGGAAGAGCAAAAAAUGUUUAAUAUUUAUGUGCAAUAAAUCCAAAGUAUUAAAAAUUAAAAGCGGAAAAUAGUUGUGAACAGCUCGAACAUGAAACUUGACCUGUAAAUAUGCAGGCGUAUGUAUGCCAGCUAAAUUACAACAACGACAACAACAACAAGACGAUUGCGGCAUAAUUGAUUUAAGUAAAAAAUUAGUGCAAGAAAUCAGCAAAAUAUACUAAACGUGAAAUUGUGUUUAAAAAUUCCGCUACUGUGCAUUAAACAGUGCAAUAGGAAAAGUCUCCAAGCCUUGAGAAAAAACUUGUUUGUAAUUACUUAAAAAAAAUUGAAAAUGUAAAGUUACUCCUGCGCGCACCAAAUCUAAAUGCAGCGUAGAAGAAAAAGUGCAUUAUAAUUCAGUAAAAUUAAAGCAAGCAAAAUAAACAAAUCAUUCGUUUCAAAACCCUCCGAAAAGGAGCGAAAAAAAAACCAACUACAAAACCGCAAAACUUGAGAAUCAUUCAAAAUUAUAUACGCGUGAUUUUAUAAAAACAGCGCGUCAACUGUCGGCCUCAAAGGAACCCAUUGAGCUAAAGAAACGUUUGGAAGAAGUGCGUCUGCUGGAAUCACGACGCUCCGCUCGACUGGCCGAUCAAGAACGAGACACGGAUUUCGCACGUCUCGCCGAUAUGGGUGGUGACCGCCGCCGUACAACAUCACACAGCAUUGAGGUGCCAUUUUCCUUAACGCCACAAAACAACUCACGCAAACGUCCACAGCCAUAUACACACGAUUGCUUUAGCGGCCAGUGUGGUGACAAAGAGGAAAUGGAGGAAUGUCAUGCAGCGAUGAUUCUAAUGAAAUUAUCCCAUUCACCGAAAAAUGCAGAGAAAUGGUUCGGCUCCAGCCCGGGCAGCUCGUCAUCAUCGGGCAGCUCCUGGAGUUCGGGUUCCUCAUCGCCACCGCUCAGCGACGAUGGUCAUGCGGGUCUCAACACAAGCGCCAUAUUGAACGACGCGAGCGCCCGCAUACGCACGACAUCGGUCUCCACCUCGGACGAAGGUAUUGUUGUCGACUUCAAGGAAGAGGCACCACGCAAAAAAAGGCAGCAGCGUCUAAUGGUGAUUGUGUCAAAAAUUUCAUUGUCGGCUGCCGUCUGCCGUCUGUUGACCUACUUAACUCAGUGUUUGAUUGAGUUGGCUAUGUUGCGUAGAAAUGUGCGCACCAUGAAGUCAUGGCGGUCGCGAAGGCACACGUGGCGUAUGCGCAACAUUUUGCUGGACGUAAAUUGGCGCAACAAUUAA